CGGAAAAAUCUCGGACACUAAAAUGGGAGGGUAGACUAAUCAAUCAAUCGCCUAGUUAUUGCCACGUGCGCUGUUCCGAACCACAUCCAUUUCCUCUAAAUCUCUCCAACGCCCCGCCCAUCCUUCAUUCAUUGGUUCUUCAGGGUUGCCUCCUCCUCGCAGGAAUAUAGAUGGCUGCAUCAUCUGCUUGUGUAGUGGGAAACAGCAUAUCUGCCAGCAAUGCUAGAACAAAUCUGCACAAGGAAAUCUAUGGCAGGCGAAUUAUCCAGUCCUCAAAGCUUCCAGGAUUGAACCAUCCAUCUAGAAUAGUUAGCGUCAGAGCAUUGUUGGAUCAAAGGGCAAAUGAAGGCAGAAGAGGCUUCAUGAAAUUGUUGCUCGGUAAUGCUGGAGCUGCCAUACCAGCAUUGCUGGGCAACCAAAAAGCUCUUGCAGAUGAUCAAGGCGUUUCUAACUCUAGGAUGUCUUAUUCUAGAUUUCUGGAGUAUCUUGACAAGGAUAGGGUGAAAAAGGUUGAUUUGUUUGAAAAUGGUACCAUUGCCAUAGUUGAAGCUAUCUCCCCAGAGUUGGGCAAUCGUGUGCAGAGAGUGCGGGUACAGCUCCCGGGGCUGAGCCAGGAGCUUCUGCAGAAGUUCAGAGAGAAGAACAUCGACUUUGCUGCCCACACUGCUCAAGAGGAAUCGGGUUCAGUCUUGUUUAACUUAAUUGGAAAUUUGGCCUUCCCUUUAAUUUUGAUUGGCGGUCUUUUCCUUCUCUCGAGAAGAUCUUCUGGCGGUAUGGGUGGUCCCGGUGGGCCUGGUUUCCCACUCACAUUUGGUCAAUCAAAGGCUAAAUUCCAGAUGGAACCGAACACAGGGGUGACUUUUGAUGAUGUUGCUGGAGUAGAUGAAGCAAAGCAAGAUUUCAUGGAGGUGGUGGAAUUCUUGAAGAAGCCAGAGAGGUUUACUGCUGUGGGUGCUCGUAUACCUAAGGGCGUUCUUCUUGUUGGUCCUCCUGGUACGGGGAAGACGCUGCUUGCCAAGGCUAUAGCUGGGGAAGCAGGUGUACCAUUUUUCUCAAUCUCAGGUUCCGAGUUUGUUGAAAUGUUUGUUGGCGUUGGUGCAUCUCGUGUUCGUGAUCUAUUCAAGAAAGCCAAGGAAAACGCCCCCUGUAUUGUUUUUGUUGAUGAAAUUGAUGCUGUUGGACGUCAGAGAGGAACAGGCAUUGGUGGUGGAAAUGACGAAAGGGAGCAAACAUUAAAUCAACUGUUGACAGAAAUGGAUGGUUUUGAAGGGAAUACUGGUAUUAUUGUAAUUGCGGCAACUAACCGUGCAGAUAUUCUCGACUCUGCCUUGUUGAGACCAGGAAGGUUUGAUAGACAGGUGACAGUUGAUGUUCCUGACAUUCGUGGAAGAACUGAGAUCUUGAAGGUUCAUGGGGGCAAUAAGAAGUUUGAUUCUGAUGUUUCACUUGAAGUGAUAGCCAUGAGGACCCCAGGUUUUAGUGGAGCAGAUCUUGCUAACCUCUUGAAUGAAGCGGCUAUUCUGGCUGGAAGGAGGGGUAAGACAGCAAUUUCAUCUAAAGAGAUUGAUGAUUCGAUCGACAGGAUUGUUGCUGGCAUGGAAGGAACGGUGAUGACGGAUGGCAAAAGCAAAAGUCUUGUGGCUUACCAUGAAGUAGGCCAUGCCAUUUGUGGAACCCUAACUCCAGGGCAUGAUCCUGUUCAAAAGGUGACUUUAAUCCCACGUGGGCAAGCACGUGGUUUGACUUGGUUCAUCCCAGGAGAUGAUCCAACCUUGAUAUCCAAGCAGCAGCUAUUUGCCAGAAUUGUUGGCGGGCUUGGCGGACGGGCUGCUGAGGAGAUCAUAUUCGGGGAGCCAGAGGUCACGACUGGUGCAGUUGGUGAUUUGCAACAAAUCACUGGUUUGGCCAAGCAGAUGGUUGUUGCCUUCGGCAUGUCUGAAAUCGGGCCAUGGUCGCUGAUGGACUCAUCUGCUCAAAGUGGUGAUGUGAUCAUGAGAAUGAUGGCAAGGAAUUCAAUGUCAGAAAAGCUAGCCGAAGAUAUCGAUGCAGCAGUCAAACAGAUAUCAGACAGCGCAUACGAGAUUGCUUUGAGCCACAUCAGGAACAAUCGCGAGGCCAUGGACAAGAUCGUGGAAGUUCUUCUGGAGAAGGAGACGAUGACCGGAGAGGAAUUCCGGGCAAUCCUGUCGGAGUUUGUGGAAAUUCCGGCUGAAAAUAGAGUUACUUCUACACCAGCUGCAGUGGCUGUAUAAUUUAAUUAUCAAUUGCAUAUAUAUAUAUAUAUGUGUGUGUGUGCGCGUGUGUGUAAUGUAUGUAUAUACAGAGAUCAAACUUUGAAAGCAAAUAUAACUUUGUUGAUUCA